AGUGUCAGUGUGUGAUAGUGCAAGGUUCAUGCUUCACUCACAGAUACACAGACAUGGCUUCUUCUCAGCAGGAUGCUCAAGAGUCUCUCACUGGGGCGCAGAUCAUUGCAGAGGCCCUGGCUGCCCAACUUCCUGCUUCUGCCCGGUGACAUCACACAUGGAGACAGCCUAUCACCUUAUGUGGCUUGGAAAUACCGUUUCAGAGCCUUUCACACUGCACAGUGAAACGGUUCUGAACCGGAAUGUAAAGUACAUGUUUGGUAUAGUUGGAAUUCCUGUUAUUGAAAUAGCUAUUGCUGCACAAGUAGCUGGCAUCAAGUAUGUGGGCAUGAGAAAUGAACAAGCGGCUUGCUAUGCCGCCUCAGCUGUGGGAUACCUCACGGGCCGACCUGGCGUGUGUCUUGUAGUGUCUGGACCUGGCCUUAUUAAUGCUCUUAGCGGCAUGGCAAACUCCAAUGUGAACUGCUGGCCACUUAUUGUUUUGGGAGGCUCUUCUGAUACUAACCAAGAAACCAUGGGGGCUUUCCAAGAGUUCCCUCAGGUGGAAACUUGUAGACUGUACAGUAAAUUCUCUGCCAGACCCAGCAGCUUGGAGGCCAUACCAACUGUAAUUGAAAAGGCUGUGAGAACUAGUAUGUAUGGCCGACCUGGUGCCUGUUAUGUUGACAUUCCUGGAGACUUUGUAAACAAGAUGGUUGCCAGGGGUGAUGUGAGAUACACUGACUGCUGUUUGCCACGUCCCAUCAGCCUUGCUGAUCCAUUAGAAAUCCUGAAAGCUGUUACUGUGCUGAAGAAGGCCGAAAAGCCCCUGGUAAUUGUGGGGAAAGGUGCUGCCUUCUCACGCGCAGAGUACAGCAUACGGAGAUUGGUGGAUGAAUGUGGACUGCCAUUUUUACCAACUCCAAUGGGCAAAGGGGUAGUACCGGACAACCAUCCGUAUUGUGUAUCUGCAGCCCGGUCCAGUGCACUGCAGCAUGCUGAUGUUAUACUGCUCUUGGGCGCCAGACUGAACUGGAUUUUGCACUUUGGUCUUCCACCACGGUUUCGGCCAGAUGUGAAGAUUAUUCAGGUUGACAUUUGUGCAGAAGAACUUGGCAAUAACGUUAAACCUGUAGCAAGUCUCCUGGGUGAUGUUAAUGCAGUGACUCAGCAGCUUUUUGAGCAGCUGCUUAAAACGUCCUGGCGGUAUCCAUCCAGUGCUGAAUGGUGGAACAACCUCAAGACCAAAAUAAGGGCCAAUGAGGAAAAUGCAAAGGUUUUGGCGUCGCAUACAUCUAUUCCAAUGAACUAUUACAAUGUGUUUCACCACGUGACCGAGGCAUUGCCUAUAAACAGCAUUAUUGUGAGCGAAGGGGCAAAUACAAUGGACAUUGGCCGCACUGUGCUCCAGAACUUUCAUCCGCGUCACAGAUUAGAUGCCGGCACUUUUGGCACAAUGGGAGUUGGCCUGGGAUUUGCCAUAGCGGCAGCAAUGGUAGUAAAAGAUGAGAACCCAGAGAAGCGAGUGGUUUGUGUGGAGGGCGACAGUGCGUUUGGUUUUUCUGGGAUGGAAGUUGAAACAAUCUGCAGAUACAACCUUCCUAUCAUUAUCAUUGUGGUGAAUAACAAUGGAAUAUACAGUGGGUUAGAUGAGGACUCUUGGACUCAUUUGCUAAAGUCUGGAGACCCAGCAGCUGUUGCGCCUCCCGUUUCCUUAAAGCCAAAUGCUCGCUAUGAGCAGGUAAUGGCCGCCUUCGGUGGGAAAGGAUACUUUGUGAAUACGCCUGAAGAUCUGCAGCGAGCACUGAAGUCCAGCUUCUCCGAGAAACACUUGCCGUCCCUUAUCAAUGUCAUGAUUGAUCCACAGUCAGACAGGAAGAAGCAGGAGUUCCAUUGGCUGACUCGUUCCAAUCUGUGAUUGGCUACUGUUACCUGCUUGCUAGAUAAAGCAUCAUACAACUGACUUCUUAUUACAUUGAAGAUCACUGCUGAUAAUUCAAACUGAAUUUAUAAAUCCUUUUUAAAUUUAUGCUAUUAAUAUUAUCCAAAUGAAAGUACAAUAUUUGGGAUUGUCAAAUAGAAGAUGUAUUGUAUACAUUGCAUUGUUUUAUAAACCAAAAGCCUUUGUCCUGAUUCAUGUCAUUAGUACUAAGUACUAAUAAAAUACCUUGGCUUUUGUUGGA